AUGAAAAUUAUAUUUAUUGUAGGUUACAAAUACAGAUAUCAGCAAGCUGCAGCAAAGACGUCUACCGUUUAUGUUUUAGGAUUAACUGGAAAGAAUUGUGACAAUUGUUCACCAAAUCCUUGCAAUAAUGGGACUUGUACAAGAACGCCAAAUGGAUACGACUGUCACUGUUUAGCAGGAUUCACAGGUAAAAACUGUUCAACAAAUAUCGACGAUUGUGCUUCUAACCCGUGUCAUACAGGAACUUGUAGUGAUUUAGUAAAUAAAUUCAUAUGCACAUGUCCGCCAGGAUUCAACGGGACUCGGUGUGAGAAUUCCGUAAGUAAUUGCGCACGGAAUCCGUGUAAUGGUCAUGGAAAAUGCAUCGAUUUGGGAUCUAACUUUAAUUGUACUUGCAAUGCAGGAUACAGUGGUGAAAAAUGUGAGACUGAUAUAAAUGAAUGUAAUUCUAAUCCAUGUCUUCACGGGUCGACAUGUAUUGAUCAGUCAAACUCUUACAAAUGUGCUUGUACCUCGGGUUUCAGCGGAAAACAUUGCGAAAAUAAUAUCAACGAAUGUGGGUCACAUCCAUGUCAAAACGGUGCUACGUGUACAGAUCUUAUUAACGGUUACAAAUGUGUGUGCCCGUCUGGUUUUAACGGGACAAACUGCAAGAUAAACAUCGACGAUUGCAAUCCUAAUCCAUGCAAACAUCAAGCUACUUGCAAUGAUGAUAUUAAUGACUAUUCAUGCACGUGUAAACCUGGAUAUUCUGAUAAAAAUUGUUCUACCAAUAUCAACGAGUGUUCCUCCAAUCCAUGCCAAAACUCUGGAACUUGUAAAGAUGGUGUAAAUAGUUAUACAUGCAUCUGCAAACCAGGUUAUACUGGGAAAAUGUGUGAAAUUAAUAUAAAUGAAUGUCAAUCGAAUCCUUGUAAAAAUGGAUUAUGCCAUGAUCUUGUAAAUGGAUAUAACUGCACUUGCAAUGCAGGUUAUACAGGUAGAACAUGUUCUGUAAACAUUGAUGAUUGUACACCUCAACCGUGUAAAAAUGGAGCCACUUGUAUUGAUGGUGUACAUGACUAUUCAUGCACAUGUUUAAAAGGUUUUACUGGAAAGCAAUGCUCGACAGAUAUUAAUGAAUGUGCAUCAAAUCCAUGUCAGAAUAAAGGAACCUGUAUAGAUCGAAUAGGGGGUUAUAAAUGUACAUGUCCAACAGGAUUUAGUGGUCGAAACUGUGAAAUAAAUGUUGACAAUUGUUCUCCAAACCCGUGUAAGAACUCUGGCACGUGUAAAGAUGGAGUCAACAAUUAUACAUGUUCCUGCUUAGCUGGCUUCACUGGUCACCACUGUGAAAUAGAUAUCAACAAUUGUUCUCCAAACCCGUGUAAGAACUCUGCCACGUGUAAAGAUAGAGUCAACAAUUAUACAUGUUCCUGCUUAGCUGGCUUCACUGGUCGAAACUGUGAAAUAAAUAUCAACAACUGUUCUCCAAACCCAUGCAAAAACUCUGGAACUUGUAAAGAUGGUGUUAACAAUUAUACAUGUUCCUGCUUAGCUGGCUUCACUGGUCGAAACUGUGAAAUAAAUAUAAACAAUUGUUCUCCAAACCCGUGUAAGAACUCUGGCACGUGUAAAGAUGGAGUCAACAAUUAUACAUGUUCCUGCUUAGCUGGCUUCACUGGUCACAACUGUGAAAUAAAUAUAAACAAUUGUUCUCCAAACCCGUGUAAGAACUCUGCCACGUGUAAAGAUGGAGUCAACAAUUAUACAUGUUCCUGCUUAGCUGGCUUCACUGGUCGAAACUGUGAAAUAGAUAUCAACAAUUGUUCUCCAAACCCGUGUAAGAACUCUGGCACGUGUAAAGAUGGAGUCAACAAUUAUACAUGUUCCUGUUUAGCUGGCUUCACUGGUCGAAACUGUGAAAUAAAUAUCAACAACUGUUCUCCAAACCCAUGCAAAAACUCUGGAACUUGUAAAGAUGGUGUAAACAAUUAUACAUGUUCCUGCUUAGCUGGCUUCACUGGUCACCACUGUGAAAUAAAUAUCAACAAUUGUUCUCCAAACCCGUGUAAGAACUCUGGCACGUGUAAAGAUGGAGUCAACAAUUAUACAUGUUCCUGCUUAGCUGGCUUCACUGGUCACCACUGUGAAAUAAAUAUAAACAAUUGUUCUCCAAACCCGUGUAAGAACUCUGGCACGUGUAAAGAUGGUGUUAACAAUUAUACCUGUUCCUGCUUAGCUGGCUUCACUGGUCGAAACUGUGAAAUAAAUGUAGACAAUUGUUCCCCAAACCCGUGUAAGAACUCUGGCACGUGUCAAGAUGGUGUUAACAAAUAUACUUGUUCGUGCGUGAAAGGAUUCACUGGUAACGAUUGUGAAAUCAAUAUUGACGAUUGUAAAGAUAGUCCGUGCAAACAUGGUUCAUGUGUAGACCAAGUAAAUGGAUAUACUUGUGCCUGUACGUCUGGUUAUAGCGGAAAAUAUUGUCAACAAAAUAUUGACGAAUGUAUCAGUAAUCCUUGCCACAAUGGAACAUGCACUGAUCAACUGAACGGAUAUUUGUGUUUAUGUGUUCCUGGUUACACUGGAAGAAAUUGUGAAACAGAUGUUGAUGAAUGUCAGAGUAACCCUUGCGAUCAUGGUAACUGUGUUGAUUUAGUAAAUAGCUAUCAGUGUUUAUGCAGUCCUGGUUACUCUGGUGUAAACUGUAAAACUGACAUAGAUGAGUGUUUAAGUAAUCCUUGUAACAAUGGUGUCUGUAAAAAUUUAGAAAAUUCAUUCCACUGUGAUUGUAACCAAGGUUACACUGGUGUUCACUGCGAAAUAAACAUUGACGAAUGUAAAAGUAGUCCAUGUCACAAUGGAACAUGCAAGGAUGAAAUCAAUGGGGUUUCAUGUACAUGUCAGAAAGGAUUUACGGGGAGGUUAUGUGAAACUAAUAUCAAUGAAUGCGCAUCGAAUCCUUGUAAAUAUAAUAGCAGUUGUAAGGACAAAACAAAUGAUUAUCAAUGUUUGUGUCAAAGUGGAUACAUAGGAAAGAACUGUGAUAUUUUGGAACCGACACCAACAACAAAACGUUCUACUCCGUCUACUACAACUCUACCUACAACUAAUCCUACAACAACUAAACAUACAACUCUACCUACAACAACGAAACAUACUACUCCUCAUACAACAACGAAAACUACUACUCUACUUACAACAACGAAACCUAUUACGCGUUCUACAACAAAGAAACCAACUACUCGUCCUUCAAUCAGGAAACCUACUACUCGUCCUACAACACCGAAACCUACUUCUCUGCCUACAACACCGAAACCUACUUCUCUACCUACAACAAUGAAACCUACUACUCAUCCUACAACAACGAAACCUACUACUCAUUCUACAACACCGAAACCUACUUCUCUACCUACAACACCGAAACCUACUUCUCUACCUACAACAAUGAAACCUACAACUCAUUCUACAACAACGAAACCUACUACUCAUCCUACAACAACGAAACCUACUACUCAUUCUACAAAAGCGAAACCUACUACUCAUCCUACAACAACGAAACCUACUACUCAUUCUACAAAAGCGAAACCUACUACUCAUCCUACAACAACGAAACCUACUACUCAUUCUACAAAAGCGAAACCUACUACUCAUUCUACAAAAGCGAAACCUACUACUCAUCCUACAACAACGAAACCUACUACUCAUUCUACAACAACGAAACCUACUACUCAUUCUACAACAACGAAACCUACUACUCAUUCUACAACAACUAAACAAACUACUCAGUCUAUAACAAUCAAACCUACUAAUCCGUCUACAACAACUAAACCUACUAUUCAUCCUACAACAACGAAAUCUACUACUCUUCCUACAAAAGCGAAACCUACUACUCAUUCUACAACAACUAAACCUACUACUCAUCCUACAACAAUGAAACCUAAUAGUCCGUCUUCAACAACGAAACCUACUUCUCCGUCUUCAACAGUGAAACCUACUCAUCCGCCUACAACAGUGAAACUUGAUACUUUGCCUACAACAGUGAAACAUGCAACACCGCCUACAACUACAAAUUCUACUAUUUCGUCUACGAAUACGAUACCUUCUAAUCCGCUAACAUCACUUCAAAGUACUACUCCGCAAGCAACGAAGAAAACCUCAACUGUGACGUCACAAUAUCUGUGA